AUGGGGAAGGGAGACGUGGAAGCACCACCCACCUCGGCCUACCGCUCUGUCAUGGAGGAGUAUGGUUAUGAAGUGGGCAAAGUCAUUGGCAAUGGCUCCUAUGGGACAGUGUAUGAGGCUUACUACACAAAGCAGAAGGUCAUGGUGGCUGUCAAGAUCAUCUCGAAGAAGAAGGCCUCUGAGGACUAUCUUAACAAGUUCCUGCCCCGUGAGAUACAGGUGAUGAAGGUCCUGCGGCACAAGUAUCUCAUCAACUUCUAUCAGGCCAUCGAGACCACAUCCCGGGUCUACAUCAUUCUGGAGCUGGCUCAGGGUGGUGACGUUCUUGAGUGGAUCCAGCGCUACGGGGCCUGCUCUGAGCCCCUUGCUGGAAAGUGGUUCUCCCAGCUGACCCUGGGCAUCGCCUACCUGCACAGCAAAGGCAUCGUGCACCGGGACUUAAAGUUGGAGAACCUGCUGCUGGACAAGCGGGAGAAUGUGAAGAUAUCGGACUUUGGCUUCGCCAAGAUGGUGCCUUCUAACCAGUCUGUGCGGAAUAGCCCUUCUUACCGCCAAGUGAAUUGCUUCAGCCACCUCAGCCAGACCUACUGUGGCAGCUUUGCUUAUGCCUGCCCGGAGAUCUUGCUAGGCUUGCCCUACAACCCCUUUCUGUCUGACACCUGGAGCAUGGGCGUCAUCCUCUACACUCUGGUGGUCGCCCGUUUACCCUUUGAUGACACCAAUCUCAAGAAGCUGCUGAAAGAGACUCAGAAGGAGGUCACUUUUCCACCUAACUAUGCCAUCUCCCAGGAGUGCAAGAACCUGAUCCUCCAGACGCUACGCCAAGCCACCAAGCGUGCCACCAUCCUGGACAUCAUCAAGGAUCCCUGGGUGCUGAAGUUCCAGCCUGAGCAACCCACCCAUGAGAUCAGGCUACUCGAGGCCAUGUGCCAGCCCCCCAGCACCACUAAUCGUCACCAGUCCUUGGAAAUCAGUACCUGAAAGUGGCAGAGGGGGGAGGGGGGUUGAAAGAGGAGCA